GCGCGCGAGAGAGCGGCACUCUCUUCAGUAGCAGCAGCAGCAGCAGCAAUAACAACAACAAUUGUCAAGCUUUGCGCCUCCAGAGGGUUGUAAAUAGCUGUUGUUGUUGCUGUUGCUGUUGUUCUUGUUGUUGUUGUUGUGGUGGUGGUGGUGGCAGCAACCGUUUUGUUGUUCUUCCAGCUGCCCAUAGGCGGCCUCCAACUUGACACUUGAGAGCCUUUCUAAUUUUUCAGCUACUGGGAUGCAACGCACGCAGCCUGCAUUUUAAUCAAGCUCGCAAAAUGCAGCAAAUAAGCCGUGCCACAGACACAAGGGCGCACUAAUUGAAGCGCGCAAGGCUUGCGAGUGCACGAGGGGAAGAGGGGAAGAGGAGAAGAGGGAGGAAGAGAAGACACAAAACACGGAAACGCCGCCACAGCAAAUGGCGUCAUUUGUAUGCAAAACGUCAGCUACGGAAAUGCAGCGCAACUGCUAAAAGCUUUUCAGCAGUUGGAGCAGCAAAAGGAGAGUAUCAGGAGCAGAAUCAGAGCAGCAGAGUAGCAACAACAACGCCAGCUACUUGUGAGUAGCAUCUCGACCAGACGCCCAAAACUAACAGCAGACAAACAAGCACACAAACACGCGCACACACAAAAAGGCCAGAGCUAAUAGCUGAUUCAAGAUGACGAGCGCAAGCGGCACUUAUAUAUCCACAGCCAGUGUGGAGGUGCCCCAAGCGCUCCAGGAUGGCGAGAAGUUCCUCAGAUGGGAUGAUGACUCUGGAACUGGCACACCGGUGACAAUGCGGGUCGAUGCCAAAGGCUUCUUUCUUUAUUGGGUCGAUCAGAAUAAUGAGCUGGACAUAUUGGAUAUAGCGACCAUACGGGAUGUGCGCACGGGACAAUAUGCUAAAAAGCCAAAGGAUGCUAAGCUGCGCCAAAUUGUGACAAUGGGGCUGCAGGACACGCUGGAGGAGAAGACGGUCACCAUUUGUCAUGGUUCGGAUUUUGUCAAUAUGACUUUUGUGAACUUUUGCUGCACCAAACGAGACAUUGCGCAGCUCUGGUCCGACGGCCUUAUCAAAUUGGCCUACAGUCUGGCCCAACUGAACGGAUCGGCGAUUAUGUUUCUGCAGAAGGCGCACACAAAGCUCUGUCUGCAGGUGGACAAGAGUGGACGAAUACCAGUGAAAAACAUCAUUAAACUUUUUGCGCAGAAUAAAGAGGAUCGUAAACGUGUCGAGAAGGCGCUGGACGUGACCGGCUUGCCAUCGGGCAAAGUCGAUAGUAUAGCGGUGUCGAAAUUUCAAUUUGAAGACUUUUACAAUUUGUACAAAUAUCUGACGCAGCGUUCGGAAGUCGAACGUCUGUUCGAUAGCAUUGUCGGGAAUUCGAAACGCAAAUGCAUGUCGAUUGCACAGCUUGUGGAGUUUUUGAAUAAAACCCAGCGCGAUCCACGCCUGAAUGAAAUACUCUAUCCAUAUGCGAAUCCUGCACGGGCCAAGGAGCUGAUACAACAAUACGAGCCCAACAAGUUCAAUGCACAAAAGGGACAACUUAGUUUGGAUGGCUUCUUGAGGUAUCUCAUGGGCGACGACAACCCAAUAAUGGCGCCCAACAAACUCGAUCUGUGCGAUGACAUGGAUCAGCCGAUGUCGCACUACUUUAUUAAUUCCUCACACAACACAUACCUAACGGGACAUCAGCUGACUGGCAAAUCGUCGGUGGAAAUAUAUAGGCAAUGCCUAUUGGCCGGUUGCAGAUGCGUGGAGUUGGACUUUUGGAAUGGGCGCACCGAGGAGCCAGUCAUUGUGCAUGGCUAUACGUUUGUGCCCGAAAUAUUCGCCAAGGAUGUGUUGGAGGCGAUUGCAGAGAGCGCAUUUAAAACAUCCGAAUACCCUGUGAUAUUAAGUUUUGAAAAUCACUGCAAUCCCAGGCAACAGGCCAAGAUUGCCAACUAUUGCCGCGAAAUCUUUGGCGAAAUGCUGCUGGACAAGCCGCUCGAUGCGUAUCCACUGGAACCCAAUGUCGAUUUGCCACCUCCGGCCCAGCUGCGACGCAAGAUCAUUAUCAAGAAUAAGAAGAAGCACCAUCAUCACCAUCACCACCAUCAUCACAAGAAGGCUGGCCAAGGAACGCAAGCUGCCAAUAAACUGAUGGCGGCCAACUCAGUGGAUGCCGCAGCCAAAGCCUCAGCAGCAGCCGCAGCUCUGACGGCAGCCAACAAUGGGCAACAAGUUGCAGCACAUGAAGAUGUUGUUGCUGGAGGACGCACAAUGGCAAGCGCCGCAAAUGGUGACAUCGUUAGCGGAACGGGCGGAGGACAUGCGCCGCCAUUGCAACAAAUACGCCAGAGCUCGAAGGACAGCACCGGCUCCUCCGAUUCGGACAGCUCAAGCGAUGACGAAUCCCUGCCCAAUACAACGCCCAAUCCGCCAAGCGGCAACGAGCCCCCACCGGAGAAGGCCCAAAAGGAGACGGAGGCGGGCGCUGAGAUCUCCGCGCUGGUCAACUAUGUACAGCCCAUACACUUUAGUUCGUUCGAGAAUGCAGAGAAGAAGAAUCGCUGCUACGAGAUGUCCUCGUUCGAUGAGAAGCAAGCCACUACGCUCCUGAAGGAGCGUCCCAUAGAGUUUGUCAACUAUAACAAGCAUCAGCUGUCGCGUGUCUAUCCGGCGGGCACUCGAUUCGACAGCUCCAAUUUCAUGCCCCAACUAUUCUGGAAUGCUGGCUGCCAAUUGGUGGCGCUGAACUUUCAAACCCUCGACCUGGCCAUGCAGCUGAAUCUGGGCAUUUUCGAAUACAACCUACGCUGUGGUUACCUGCUAAAGCCCGAGUUCAUGCGUCGCUCUGAUCGACGCUUAGAUCCGUUUGCCGAAAGCACGGUGGAUGGCAUUAUAGCGGGCACGGUCUCCAUCACUGUACUGUCCGGCCAAUUUCUCACCGACAAACGAGUCAACACGUUCGUGGAGGUGGACAUGUAUGGACUGCCCGCGGACACUGUGCGCAAGAAGUUUCGCACCAAGACAGUGCGGGACAAUGGCAUGAAUCCCGUGUACGAUGAGGAGCCGUUCGUUUUCAAGAAGGUCGUGCUACCCGAGCUGGCUAGCAUUCGCAUUGCAGCCUAUGAGGAGGGCGGCAAGUUGAUUGGACAUCGUGUGCUGCCCGUCAUUGGCCUAUGUCCCGGCUACAGACACGUUAAUCUGCGUAGUGAAGUGGGCCAACCCAUCGCCCUAGCCUCGCUCUUUCUGUGCGUGGUCGUCAAGGACUAUGUGCCCGAUGACUUGUCCAACUUUGCCGAGGCGCUGGCCAAUCCCAUCAAGUAUCAGAGCGAGCUGGAGAAGCGCGACAUACAGCUGUCGGUGCUGACAGAUGAGACAGAUCCCGUGACCGCCGAUGAGGAUAUGUCGAAGUCAUUCGUUUUCGUUCAAGUAGGUGGCCAGAAGAAGGAGCUGCGUCCCGUGGAGUCAAUCGCCAUCUCGCCAAAGCAUCGAGCCAGCAUUUCGGCAGCGGCCGCCAUGAGCGUGGAGGCUCCUAGCGAUCGCACCGAUGCCGGCGGCGGUGGCGACAAUGUCUCCAUUGUGGCCCCCAGCAUUCAGCAUCAGCACUCCCUGGAUCAAUCUGUAAGCAUUUCCAUACGUCAAGUCGAGUCCUCGCAGUUCGAUGUGGAUCUGGUUAUAGCCGAGCCGCUGGAGAAGUUGUUGGACCACAAAUCAGUGAAGGAGAAGCGAUUGGAAAUGGAGAAGAAACUGGAGUCGCUGCGCAAGAAGCACGACAAGGAGAAGGUGAAGAUCGCUGGCCAAAAAAUGAGUCCCCUUGAUGGCGGCAAGAAGCCCAAAUUUGCCAUAACCAACAAGCUGGUGAAGCGUUUGAGCAACAAGAGUCUUAAUUGUCUUUCUUCAAACAGCGAACCGGGCGUCGAAGUGCCGCCCUGCCCCCUGGAUCUGGGCGAUAGCAGCGAGGACAGCGCAGGGGGCGAUGCAGAUGCAGCAGCGUCGGGUGCCAGCAGCCUUGAGGGCACCAAUCAGGCGCGACUGCUGAGCGCGUGCCGUGAAUACACGGCCCAGUACCGCGAACUGCAGGAGAAGUAUCAUGAGGCCAUUUAUGCGGCCGCCGAGAAGGUGCUCAAGAACUCGCAAACUAGUCAAAUGAAACAGUUGAAGGCAUCGCUGGACAAGGUCACCGAAGAGGUGAUGCAUCAGCUGCAGGAGGCGCGACGCAAUGAAGUCAAGAAUCUGGCAGCGAUACAUAGGGAUCGCGACGAGCUGGUCAGAAUGAAACGCGAAGUGGCCAGCUCUGUGGUGGAGCGAGGAGUGGCCGAGCGUACGCGUCUGAAGCAGACCUAUGAGAAGCGCACGGACGAACUUCAAAAGCAACACGAUUUUGUGCGCAAUGCUUUGGCCGAACAUCGCUCCAAGGCUCGUCAAAUACUCGACAAGGAUGCUGAAUCUCGUAGCUGUGUAUCGAGCAAUGGUUUUCUGGUGCUCUUUCACGGACCGCAUCAUCACGGCUGUUCGGCAGCAAGCACCGUAGGCCCAGCCUCGGGAAACAAUCUCACACUAAACAUUGAUGGUGCCGCUUUGGGUGGCGGUGGCGGCGUUGGCGUUGGCGGACUGGGUGCUACGGCUAUAUCGCCAGCCAGGUCACACAAUAGCAUUGUUGCGCCGUCAGAAAUGAAAACGUAAAUGCAUUUGUGAGAUCGUUGUCGCCAUGCCCCAGGUCUAACCUCCAGGUGUAUCUCUCAGUAUUUGCGCGACAGUUGUUGUUUUAAAGUCUCUUUAAUUGUAGCGUUAAGCGAGUGCUUUGCACGGCACCCAACUAUAUUUAUAGUGUUAUCGUAGCGCCUAAGUCGAGGUUAACUUUACGAAAGGUAACUGGGAAAAGCCCAACCGAGUUUUUCUUACUGAUCAAAUUAGCUGUAGCUCUGUCUAUCUCCAAUUCUCUGAUUCUAUCUCUGCAAAUGAGUACGCAAACUGUCUGUACUCGUGUGUACGAGUAUGUGUACUAUAUAUUACGAUAAUGCAACUGUCGGUGUAUUUAAUAUACAUAUACUUAUAUUAUAUACUUAGUAUGUGAAGAUAUAUAUGCAUAUAUACUAUACAUAGAUAUCUAUAAUAACGUACGAGAUGUCUGUACGAACCGUGCGGUUUCUUCCUAUCUGAAAACUCUUCGCUGAAACUCUGAGUGUCUAACUUAUUAAGCAUAAUUUAUUUUUUUAACAAACAAAACAAAAACAAGACAAACAAAAAUUUAACAACAAACUGUGCGCAUGCGUCGCAGCCAAAGCAGCCGGACGAGCUCGAAUGCAAUGAAUAUUUUGAUUAUGAAUUAAGUAUUUUCGGAGCUAUGGAGUAAUACCAUAUUUAUUUUCCUCUGGCUGCGUCCCAUGCCUCGGUUCUACUAUUAAAUGUGGUUGUGUGUAGUACUUCUAUAUCGAUUUAUUUAAACUACUAUGUCGCAUAAUUUAUAUUAUUUUAAUGCUAUUGUAUUUAGUUCAAGCUUAAUUUGUAACUGCAAACUGCAAACUACGAACACGCCUCAUGCACGCACAAACAAGAAAUGGGCUGCUCAAUUGUAUCGUAAGUUGUAAGUAAGUUGUCGAUGAUGGAUAGAAUCUCGUGGGCAAUCGGAGAAGCCCAAAGCAAUGCGCACACCCGAGUUUAGGCCAACGGUUAGUCAAAUUAGUUUUGUUGGUUUAGGCCUUACUAUACUGUACCUACAUACAUAUCUAUUUAUUUCUUGGUUUUAGUCACUAUUUUUAUUUAGUUUUUAAUUUAAAGCUGAUGUUAAUUUUACACUUACCUUCUUGGUCCCUCUAAUAAAGUCUCUGUCGAAUGUUUUCCAAUG